UCACAACCAGAGAAGAAUCAUUAAAUGGGAAACUACUACAAUAGCAAGAUAUUUUGAAGCUGAAUUUUUGAAAGAUGUUUUGAGGUGCAUCAAAGAAAAAAAUUGUUUGUAGGUUAGGAGAGGUGGGGUGGUAGAUUUAUUAAGGACAAUUACAAUGCUACUGGAAGCCUUAGAAAUCCUCAAGAGCACAGAUGAUGAUGUCACAGCUCACGUCACAGAUUUUUCCGUCUACAAGGUCGUCUAUAUUCUCACAGUAUAUGUUCCUGUUGUCAUGGCAACUCUGAUGCUCUCUCAAGAAUAUCUCGGUUCUAAGAUAGCAUGCUUUGCACCAGAAUCAUUUUCUGAUAGCCAAUCAGAAGCCUUGAAUGAGUACUGCUGGACCAAUGGCUACUGGAUUGCAAAUGACACUGCGAUGGAAAGGUCAUUGUAUACCCAACCUCACAGGUUCUAUCCCUACUACCUUCCCCUACAAGCCAUCCUUUUCGUCAUACCAAUACUAGUAUGGAACGUCAUGACAAAAUCACGACUUUUAGCAAUUAUUAAAGCAACAGAGCAAUUUUUGGAAGAUUUGUUGGAAUUAUUAAACCCGAAACAAGAAGAGAAGGAAACUGAUGAAGAAGUUGAGAAAAUGCACAUUAAGGUGAAAGAAAUGAUCGGACACUAUCACCAGAUAACUUUGGAAUUUGCCAGGGAUUCAAAGCUGUCUGUCAUAUUGUGUGUACGUCUCUGUAUAGAGCUGGGUUUCCUUUUGUUAUGCAUAGGAGGUCAGUUUUUUAUAUAUGAUCACCGCAACAAGGUGUAUCAUUGUUCUUUGCCUUCAAUGGGUCAAGAUGAGGUACUCUGCGUCGUACCAGUUCUCGACCUACUGGAUAUUAUUUGGACAAUUAAUUUUGGUGCGUUAUGCAUCGCUUUAGGAUUAAACUUUCUAUUCAUAGCCAUGACGUAUUACUCAAUACAUCAGGAAACUGUAGUGGACUUAUAUGAAGGUCUACCAUUCACUUUUGAUAUGCCAAAAGUUCAAUGGGAGGAUAUAUUCAUGAAGCACUCGUAUGAGUUAAUGUGUGUAAUCUUUGAAGAGAAUAACAACAUCACGAUGCAAGCGUAUAUAUUACGGACAAUAAAGCCCCCUGAUGCCAUGAUGUUUAAAUCUCCAGCAAACUCUGAAACUACAGGAUCAACCCUAAAUCUUACAUUUGAAACAUCAGAUUUCAAACCGGAUGCUGCCGGCUUCAAAACUAAUCAAGAUUCAGAACACAUAAAUACUACAUCUGAUGUUUACAAUGUUGACAAUUGUCAAAAGAACCCUGAUACUGAGUUAAUACGAUACGAAUCAGACAAUGUUAAACUGAUUGAUUUUCAAAAUAACAAUGAAAGUAAUCAAUUAAAACAGUUUGAUGACAGGGAUGAGGAUGACCAAUCUAUUUGUUCCAAAUCUUCAAAUAAUUCUGAGUUGGUACUUACUGAGAAAAUUACUGUAUUUCCUAAAGUGAACAGUGAGCCUAACUCACCUACUGAGAAUGGACCUGUUAGGAAGCGAACCAUUCAAGAGAGUGAUGUCUGAGUACCUAGAUUUGAAUACUGAACAUGGAUUUGUCUAGCUACAAGGUCUUGUAACCACCCCCCCCCCCCCCCUCUCAAAUGCAUAUCCCAACCUGUAUGAGAAGGUGUGAAGUCAAUUAGAGGGAGGGGGUCACAAAGGCUUGUAGCUAUACUAAACAUGGAUUGCAAAUACUUGUAACUAAAAGUUAACUAAAAAUUCUUUCAAAAUCAUUUUGAGCACUUUUCAUGUGAUUUCGGCCGGGAAACCCCCUGGAAAUUUUUAAAAAGUGAACUGGCAAAUCCUGGCUAUGGGCCUGAGAGAUAUUCUGAUCAUUUUUAGAAUAUUACAUUAAUGGAAUGCCAGAUGAAGAGAAACUGCAGCCAGAAUAAAAGUUUUAGAAGUGAUCUUCUGUUAGAGGAGCUGUUGUUUGUGUCAAUGGUCAUUUGAACCUUAUUUUAACUUUAAAAUCAAGUUCAAUGCUUAACAUUCUUUGCAAUGUAUAUAAAUAUUGCAUGGAUGUAUAAAUACAACUAUUUUCUUCUCUGUUGUUAAGUUUUGUAAGAAAAUGUUCAAACUGC